CCCCCUCCCCGCCCCCGGCCUUCGCCCCGCCCCGCCCCGCCCGCUGCUCCCGGCUGGUCGUCCAGCGCUCGCUGCGCUCCGGAGCGCUGGCUGGGCCGGCGCCGAGAUAUGGACCAGUUUUGAUACAAUGUAGUGCUCCAGCAUGCCUGACGGAAUAUGUUCAGUCAUGGCUUCUGAACUUUGCAAGACGAUUUCUGUGGCAAGGCUUGAAAAGCACAAGAAUUUGUUCUUAAAUUACAGGAACCUGCACCAUUUCCCACUGGAGUUAUUGAAAGGAGAAGGGCUGCAGUAUUUGGAGAGACUCUAUAUGAAACGGAACUCCCUUACCACCUUGCCAGAAAACCUUGCUCAGAAGCUUCCAAACCUUGUGGAACUACAUUUUUCCUUUAUUCUCCCCUUCCCUGUAUACAGAUACCUUCACUCAAAUAACAUAGUUGUAGUUCCAGAAGCUAUUGGGUCUCUUGUGAAACUCCAGUGUCUGGAUCUCAGUGACAAUGCCUUGGAAAUUGUUUGUCCGGAAAUCGGUCGGCUGAGAGCUUUACGUCAUCUUCGAUUAGCUAACAACCAACUGCAAUUCCUACCUCCAGAGGUUGGCGAUUUGAAGGAGCUGCAGACACUAGACAUUUCUACCAAUCGUUUGCUAACUUUACCCGAGAGGCUUCACCUGUGCCUUUCUCUGCAGUACCUGACUGUGGACCGCAAUCGGCUGUGGUAUGUGCCCCGCCACCUCUGCCAGCUGCCCAGCCUCAAUGAGCUCUCCAUGGCUGGAAACCGUCUCGCAUUUCUGCCCCUUGAUCUAGGUCGAUCUCGAGAACUACAGUACGUGUAUGUGGAUAACAACAUUCAUCUGAAAGGGCUGCCAUCCUAUCUGUAUAACAAAGUCAUCGGGUGCAGUGGCUGUGGGGCCCCCAUCCAGGUGUCAGAGGUGAAGCUGCUCUCUUUUUCAUCGGGGCAGCUGACCGUCUUCCUGCCAGCAGAGGUGAAGGCCAUUGGCACAGAGCGCGACCGCGUGCUGCCCCUGCAGGAGCUGGCCAUGAGGCGGCUCUAUCACACCUGCCACCGCUCCCGCAAAGAUUUGAACUUCCUGUCUCCCAUCUCAUUACCCAGAAGCCUCCUGGAGCUGCUGCACUGCCCCCUGGGGCACUGUCACCGGUGUAGUGAGCCUAUGUUUACCAUCGUCUACCCCAAGCUCUUCCCCUUGAGAGAGACACCGAUGGCCGGGCUGCACCAGGGGAGUUCUGGAUCUCUGGGCCACAGUGAUUCCAUGAGCCCUCCGACGUCUGCGUUCUUGGACCUUGUCAGAACUGCCCGGUGUUGGCUUCACCUUUCAGAUCAAUGAGGACAACGGUUAGUUUUGUGGCUUACUGCUGUUCCACACAGUGUCUGCAGACUUUUGACCUGCUGAGUUGAUAAACACUCAUGAGCCUCAGGAACACUGCCAGCCUGACACUGCAGCCACCUCCCUGCCUGUCAGGACUGCGUAUGGCGGGACCAGGAGGGUCAUGCAGACCGGAAUCGCCCCUGCCAUCCUGUCCUGUGCACCACGGGGGCAUGAGAACUCUCUGGAAGUAUCGUGAUGGGGUGUUGCAGCUAAAAUGCCUUCACCCUUCUCCCAAGUCAGAAUACAUCCUGCUCCCAAAUUAAGGACGUUUUGUCUUCUGUGUUUUUCUUUUUGUGCGUGUCUCAUACGUAAACUGUUUAGUUUGACGAGCCUCCCCACAUCUAAUUGAAAGCGAGCUGCAGUUCCCUGAAGAACUAUAAUUUGACAAUAUCCCCACAUUAACUUCUGAGCAACACACCGUCGGUGAUACGCUUCUUCUCUUUCUUUCCCCAGAGAAUUAUUCCCUGGAGAGAUUACUCUCUGUGGUUUCUCCAGUAGAAACUUGUCAGAUUUUAGCAUUUCAGCAAACCCGAGGCCUCAGUCCUCUUGCAUAGCUGGGUGGGGCAUCUGAGCUGGCUGCAGAGCGAGAUCCCGGGACACAGGGACACACACCCUCUGGAAAGGACAAUCUUGUUUACAAGAUUUGCAGCGUAUUAAGAGGCUCUGGAGAGACAUUUUAAAAACAAAAAUGAUGAUCAUGAAAUACACUCUUAUUUUAAAAGAUUAGAGAAGACUAAGUUUUGCAUUUUUGGAUUUGCCUGAGACUUUUUUUAAUGCACGAGUAAUUUGAAGAAUACUUGAUUCUUUAAAAGAUCUGAUCCCUUUCUUUUGAGAUUCAAGUAUUUUCUACAUCAUAAGAAAAGGGGAGAAAACUCAUGCCAAGAUAAGGCCUGCCCUGUUCUUGUUAGAUGGGCUUAUGAUUCAGUUUAUGCUGACUGAAAUACCAUAAGCAUGUGAAAAACUGGCUACUUCUGCUACUAGUUUUUGGUAGCGUGAUUCUUGGUACAGCCUGUGCAUAUCGGUUUAUUUAUGUCUUCAUUUUGGUUCUUAUGCAACAUACUGUUGCCUGGCUAGGACAGAGAAAAUACAGAGAAAGCAGGACCAUGUUCAGCCUUGGGAUUUUGCAAGAAACAAAAAGUCCAUAAACAGCCUGUGACGCUCCCCCUCCAGAGAGACAUGUUCCUCUUGGAAGAGUCACAUAUUUGUUCCUCCUUUAAAAGGGUGGCAUUUCAGUGUGACUUUGCUGCCAGAUGUUCGUCGGCUUGCUGUGCAGUGAUUCUUGUAAAGAAGUACUUUUUAAAAACUUUCAGUCACGCAGUUUUAUAUGAGGCAGGACUGAAAGAAGAACCAAGGAGGGUUGCUUGGUAGAAACAAUUAUUUUCAAAAACGUUCAGAUGUCAAAAAUGUGGUCGGUGGCAUUUUGUUAGCUGCCCUAACUCUGUAACUAGGGCUAGGCUCUAACAGUGCCAAAAAUCCCACACAGUUACCGACAGAUGUGUGAUAUCUCUACAUCUGCACCACCUGCUGCCCGGAAAGCAGACUAUCCGCACAGACUGGUGUGGGCAGAAAGUCCCCAUGUGUUCCAGCUGUGUCACACUGCUCUCCCUCCCGGCCCUUUCCUAACUUGGUCUGCUCAGUCUUAGCAUUUCAAAGGCUCAGCGUGUAAUAGAAACGCAAGAUCUGUAUUCGAAUGGACCGCUUCUUUCAUCCUUUGGAAUCACUGAAGUUUUGAUAUAACCUCUCCACGUAUAUGAGUUGGUGGGUGACAAAUAUGGCGUGAAACUUCCCAGAUGUGCUUCAGGACUAAGUGACCGCUACCUGUCACUAAAGUGACAGUAAAUAUAUUGCUACAUCUUUCUGUUCCACCUUCUUCCAUCCUGUCUUCAAAUGGAGCUAUGAAAUGUGCUAACCUGAGACUCAGGAAUUCUUGUUGUGAUAAGGUCUGACUGUUAACUCGUUGGAAGUUUUAUAAAGAUGUUUCUACUCCUGGCGUCCUCUCUCUGCCUGUGAUAAACUGUUGAACACCUGCAGUGUGCUGGAUGGACAGUCAGCCUCUGGGCAGGCUCCACUUUAAUCCUGGGGCGCAGCAUCUGGGCUUGACUGAUGAGAAAUGGAACUGAAAACACCGUCAGGUGCUAUUCAUUCUGGAAAUUUUGUGGGAGGUUCACUGAUGUGAUUCUUAAACUUUUGAUACUAUAAAGGGGUGUUCUUGGCUAGAGAAAACUUGCUUACAAGCUGUGUAUUUGAAUUGUGUCCAAAGUUUUUGCAAAAAAACAAAUUUAAGGCC